GAAGCCGCUUGAGCUCCGUUGUGAGGAAGAAGCAGAUGGAGAAGAGUGGGUGGAGGCUAUUCAGCAAGCCAGCUAUUCAGAUAUCCUGAUUGAGAGGGAAGUGUUGAUGCAAAAAUAUAUCCAUCUAGUUCAAAUUGUAGAGACAGAAAAGAUUUCAGCAAAUCAGCUACGUCAUCAGCUUGAAGAUCAAGACACAGAAAUUGAAAGGCUUAAAUCAGAGAUUGUAGCUCUCAAUAAAACAAAAGAACGAAUGAGACCCUAUCAAGGCAAUCAAGAAGAAGAAGAUCCAGAUAUUAAAAAGAUUAAAAAGGUACAGAGUUUUAUGCGUGGUUGGUUGUGUAGAAGAAAAUGGAAGACAAUUGUCCAAGAUUAUAUUUGUUCGCCACAUGCAGAAAGUAUGCGAAAAAGAAACCAGAUAGUUUUCAAUAUGGUUGAGGCAGAAUCUGAAUAUGUGCAUCAACUUUAUAUCCUUGUGAAUUGUUUUCUAAGGCCCUUAAGAAUGGCUGCAAGUUCAAAGAAACCACCUAUUAGUCAUGAUGAUGUUAGCAGCAUCUUCCUCAACAGUGAAACUAUAAUGUUCCUUCAUGAAAUAUUUCAUCAAGGAUUAAAAGCAAGAAUAGCAAACUGGCCUACCUUAAUUUUAGCUGACUUAUUUGAUAUUCUUUUACCGAUGCUGAAUAUAUAUCAAGAAUUUGUUAGAAAUCACCAGUAUAGCCUACAGGUGCUGGCAAACUGCAAGCAGAACAGAGAUUUUGACAAACUCUUAAAGCAAUAUGAAUCCAACACUGCAUGUGAGGGCAGAAUGCUUGAAACAUUUCUUACGUACCCCAUGUUUCAGAUUCCUAGAUAUAUUAUCACCCUUCAUGAACUUCUAGCUCAUACACCACACGAACAUGUGGAAAGGAAAAGCCUUGAGUUUGCUAAAUCUAAACUGGAAGAACUUUCAAGAAUAAUGCAUGAUGAAGUGAGUGAUACAGAAAAUAUACGGAAAAAUCUUGCAAUAGAAAGAAUGAUAGUAGAAGGCUGUGACAUAUUAUUGGACACCAGCCAGACUUUUAUACGACAAGGAACUCUUAUUCAAGUCCCAUCAGUUGAGAGGGGAAAACUUAGUAAAGUUCGCCUGGGAUCAUUGUCUUUGAAAAAAGAAGGAGAAAGGCAAUGUUUUCUAUUUACAAAGCACUUUUUAAUUUGUACAAGGAGCUCUGGAGGAAAGUUGCAUCUACUUAAGGCAGGAGGCGUCCUUUCAUUAAUAGAAUGCACCCUGUUUGAGGAAACUGAGACGAAUGAUGAUGAAUCAAAAGGUUCUGGGCAAGUAUUUGGGCACCUUGACUUCAAGAUUGUGGUAGAUCCUGCAGGAGCACCUCCAUUUACAGUGGUCCUCUUAGCUCCUUCACGGCAGGAAAAAGCAGCAUGGACCAGUGACAUUAGUCAGUGUGUUGACAACAUACGGUGCAAUGGUUUAAUGACAAUAGUGUUUGAAGAAAAUUCCAAAGUCACUGUGCCACAUAUGAUCAAGUCUGAUGCCCGUCUGCAUAAAGAUGAUAUUGACAUCUGCUUCAGCAAAACUCUGAACUCUUGCAAAGUACCGCAAAUUCGUUAUGCAAGUGUUGAACGCCUCUUGGAAAGAUUAACAGACUUGAGAUUUCUCAGUAUUGAUUUUCUUAAUACUUUCCUACAUACUUACCGUAUAUUUACUAAUGCGGCAGUUGUACUAGAAAAACUGUCUGAUAUUUACAAACGGCCUUUCACCUCCAUCCCUGUCAGGUCUUUGGAAUUGUUUUUUGCUACAAAUCAAAACAAUAGAGAACAUAUGGCUGAUGCAAAGUCACCACACCUCUGCCGCAAGUUUUCUUCCCCUCCGCCUUUAUCUCUCUCUAGGACAUCUUCACCCGUUAGAACAAGGAAACUAUCAUUAAAUUCUCCAUUAAAUUCAAGAAUUGGAGCAUUAGAUCUAUCUGCUUCUUCUGUGAGCAGUCCUACCUCAACAUAUAGCCCUGGAACAUCAUCACCCCCAAUGUCAACAAAAGUGCCACUGGAUCUAAGCAAAAGCCCUUUAUCUCCAGAGCAAAGCCCUGUUUUUUCAGAAGACAAUACAGAAAAUCCUCGCAAUGAGCUUUGCAAUAAGCUACGAAGAAGUAUUCGAAGAGCAGGAGUUUUAGAAUCUGUACCAGUUGAUCAUCCUAUCCCAGAAAGUGCCUCAAUAGUAGACCCUCCUGAGCUGUCUCCAUGUAGAUCCCCUUCAACUCCACGGCAUUUACGUUUCCGGCAGACAGGAGUACAGGUGACUGACAAUGGUCAUUGUUCUGUUUCUCCUGCUUCGGCCUUUGCUAUUGCCACAGCUGCAGCUGGUCAUGGAAGUCCACCAGCAUUUAAUAAUUCUGAACGAACAUGUGAUAAGGAGUUCAUAAUACGUCGAGCAGCUACUAAUCGUGUCCUGAAUGUCCUUCGCCACUGGGUGUCAAAACAUUCUCAGGAUUUUGAAUUAAAUAAUGAAUUGAAGAUGAGUGUUCUUAAUCUACUAGAAGAAGUUUUGAGAGAUCCCGACCUUUUGCCACAAGAAAGGAAAGCUACAGCAAAUAUCCUGAGGACACUUUCUCAGGAGGAUCAAGAUGACACACACUUAAAAAUAGAAGAUAUAAUGCAGAUGCUAGAGUGUCCAAAACCAGAAUGCUUUGAAACAUUAUCAGCGAUGGAACUUGCUGAACAAAUAACUCUCUUAGAUCACAUUGUCUUCAGAGGCAUACCUUAUGAAGAAUUUCUUGGGCAGGGUUGGAUGAAAUUGGAUAAAAAUGAAAGAACACCUUACAUUAUGAAAACCAGCCAACAUUUUAAUGAUAUGAGCAAUCUUGUAGCAUCCCAAAUUAUGAAUUAUACUGAUAUCGGUUCCCGUGCUAAUGCCAUUGAGAAAUGGGUUGCAGUGGCAGAUAUUUGCCGAUGUCUGCACAAUUACAAUGGUGUCCUUGAAAUCACAUCAGCCUUGAACAGAAGUGCAAUCUACAGACUAAAGAAAACCUGGGCAAAAGUUUCUAAACAAACUAAAGCUCUUAUGGAUAAACUUCAAAAGAUUGUGUCAUCUGAGGGAAGAUUUAAAAAUCUGAGAGAAACACUCAAGAAUUGCAAUCCUCCUUCGGUGCCAUAUCUUGGGAUGUACCUCACAGAUCUGGCAUUUAUUGAAGAAGGAACACCAAACUUUACUGAAGAAGGCCUCGUCAAUUUUUCUAAAAUGCGAAUGAUAUCACAUAUUAUCAGGGAAAUACGUCAAUUCCAACAGGCUUCCUAUCGAAUAGAACAUCAACAAAAGGUCACUCAAUACUUGUUGGACAAAAGCCUCAUAAUAGAUGAAGACACACUGUACGAGCUAUCCCUAAAAAUUGAGCCCAGACUGCCAGCCUGAGAAAUUAAUAUUAUUCUUCAGCUACCAAGUACUUAGUUUAAUGAAAAACGAUGCAUGGCAUGCCUCUAUAGAAUGCAAGGGGCAAAAGCUGAGAAAAAUUGAAAUUCCCUUCUCCAUUAAAGGGAUGCAGAGUCUCACAGAGAUACUUUUUCAGAGAAGCAACUGUUGGAGGAACGGAGUCACGUAGCAGAAAUGUGGGUCAAAUGGUUGUUACUUGACAAGAAGUAAAGAGAUUUCAAAACAAAUAAAGGACUAAAGAAAAGAUGGGCAAUAACAGUAAUGAGCUAGUCAAGGAGACAGCAGAAUGAAAUAUGAAUACAACAUUUGCUAGAGUUGAAUAAUGAUAGCAUGCUACCAGAGGAAGAAAUCUUGUCUAACUAUCUUUGGAUGCAAUUCAAAAAGCAUGUUUUAUUUAGAUAUUUUGGCCAAAUUUGCACUUUAUCAAGUCUGUUGUAAAUGAAAGAGUAUUUGUAGAAGCAACAAUGUAAUAUGUAACAGCAUUAUUUCCUGAAUAAUCCAUUCAUAUAAUCCAUUUGGCACGAUGAGAGAUAUUAAAACAAGCAAGAUGGCAUCUGUAGCAUCCAUCAACUUGCCUGUUUUGAUACCCUUUAUGGACACCACUAAAACUGUUAAUUUUAACUGAAGAUGUCUGUUCAUAAAUUAAUUUUCCUAUAUUUACUUUUUUCAAAACUGAAAGAAGACUGAAGAAUAUCAGUGUGCCAUUAUGAAUACUAGCUUAAUAGUCUAAAUAUAUUAUUCAUUCUCUAAUAAUAGCAAUAUGUGAGAUGAUCUGGUAUGCAAAUUAAUGCACUGUCUUGCAUGGUUGCUCCAUAUACAAGCUUAGAAGGGACUGGAUUGAUAUUGCAAUGUUGUGGCAACCCUGUCUCUAUAGUAGUUUAGUCUCUUUGAUAAUUUGUAUGUUGUUUUCCAAUAGCACAUUUCUCAUAUAACUUCGGUUAAAAUAUAUAUGUCUUAAUGAGAUCGUGAUGUCUUCUCCUAUGCACUAGUAGAUGAAACAAGUGGGUUUUUUUCUUUCUUACUAGAAAAUAGUUCCAAACAAAUAUCCUAUUAUAAGGAUCAACCUCUUGCCUUCUGCCCCCACUCCAUUGAAGACAAUAAGUAACCCUGAGUUCCGUAUUGGUGUCAGAGGCUAGGUAGGUUAACCUGAGAAAUAAUAGGAAUAAAUCAUAUAUAAUUUUGAUGUUCCAAUGGAUUUUCAUGCUUUUUAGAACAAGUAAUGAAGGUGUAGAGUUUCUGAAUCUUUUACUUUUUCAUGGAUAACAUUACACCCUAUGAUCACUGUUCUUGGCGCUAUGAUAUCAUUUAACUAUCACUGAGUUUCACAUAACUAGGCUAGCAGUAACAAACAUAUAUGUGUGGUUAUGCAUGUGUCUGUGUACGAUCAUGACUCCAGAAUCACCUUAAUAAUUAAAAAAGGCAGUUUCUAUAAGUGUAGCUUGUGUUCAAACAGUUGCUUUGCCACAUACAUUAAUUAAGAGAUCCCAUAUUUUCUUCUAAAGAAAAGAAAAUUUCUAACACUGAAUAGUACAUAAACUCUACCUCUUAUAUAGAGUUGUGCAAACAUACUUGGAUUGCAGCGGUGAUCUUAUAAGAAUUAAAAAGUUAUUUUGCAUAUUCAUAUUUUUGCUAUAUGUCAAUCUGUGUAUAUUACAUUCCCUCGCCUAGAUUACAAGAUUGUUCGAACAACGUAAUUUGUCAAAUCCUUGGAAAAUAAAAACAUAUUUAUCCUAUUUUUUUACACUUUGAAAGAGUAAAUAAUAUUUUAAUCUCACAUUCUGCAUAUUGACUUUAGAAGGAAGAAUAUGUUUAAUAUUUGUUGCAGAAACUACUUAGGAAGAAAAAAUACUUUUGUUUAUCUGAUUUGAAUAAGUUACUAACAGAUUUAUUUUUUUAAAUCUAUGGAAAUUAGAUACUUGCAGAUCAAUUUACAUUUUCAGACAUAUAAACUAGUUCUUUGAUUGCCUACAUAAAAGUAGUCUCCCUGAAUGGAAAGAAUACAUAAACCAAUUGUUUAAAAAUGCAUUUAACGUCACUUUUGAAUAAUUAGAAUAAAGUAUGCUUUUCCAAGGAGUCUCAACCAGCAGAUGAAAAAUCCCCUUAAACCCUCUCAAGAGCAUUACUGUUUUAAAAAGGAUGAUCAUUUGGUCAUAUCGGAGAAUUCAUUACUUAGUGCUAAAUUCUGACAAUGGAAAAUUAAUCUAUGUGGCUUUUUUUCAUCUCCAUUUCUAAUAUAUUGCCAGUCCAGAAAAUCUAGUUUUGUCUAAUGACAGAUCCCAUCCAUUAUCUGCUCAUUAUCUAGGAAAUUUAAUCAUUCUAAAGCCCUAUUUUUAUAUAACUAUAUGCUUGGCUGCACAUUUAAAGGAAUUAUAAAAUACUCUGUUAAGUUUUCAGAAGAAAUUAAAUAGGAAUGUUGUAGGCAUGUUUUAAGUAUUUCUGGUUAAUGAAUAUGGUAGAUUUCAAUGUUAUUUAUAGAUAUUUGUUUAUUUAUCUUUUGUUGAAGAUGAUUGUUCUUUUCAUAAAUGCCUGUCAGAAAAAGAUAAUAGCAGUUUAAGCAUGAUAAACAGAAGCAUGAAUUAUAUGGCCACCAGAUAAUUUACUGAUAUUUUCACUGUGUUAAUAAUAAUUUUUAAAAUUUCACGCACCAAUUAUUUAACAGAAAUAUACUUAAUUUCUAAGGCAGUACUUUUUAAUUAUUUUCUUUCUUCUAGGGUGAAUCAUCUUCCCUUCUUCACAAAUUCCAUAUUGAACCUAUACAUUAUUUUGUGAGAAUUGUUUGUGAAUGUAGUGAUUGGUAAUUUAUUUUGAUUUCCUUGUAUUUCAUUUUAUAAUAUUAGCUUUGUCCUUUCAAGGGGCACUUUGCCUAUUUUGGAUUCUAAGUGCAGCCGAAGGUGCUUAUAUCUGUUUUUAUCCUAUUUAAUUUACAUAUUUCAUUAAAUUAUAUGAUAACUCUUAUUCUGUGUGGUCCUUGUUUUCUGGCCUUUUUGUUCAAAAUAUUUAGCAAGCUUAAAUUAAUUAUUGUUAACAAGCAUUCAGCAUAUAUUUCUGCCAUCAUGAAGGGA